AGUAUACCAGUAUCCCUGAAGCCUGUCCCUGAGUGACUGUUCACAAAUUCCGUUUCUCAUCCUUUGAUCCAUUUGGGGUGUCAAUCUUGUGCUUUGACCAUCAUGGAACGCCUCCUACGCAUGGGUGGCGGCGGUAUGGGUGCCCUGGGUGGAGGUCUGCCCACGGAUUCGCCCGUAGUGGACACGGCCGAACAGGUGUACAUCUCGUCGUUGGCCUUGUUGAAAAUGCUCAAGCACGGUCGAGCCGGUGUGCCCAUGGAGGUGAUGGGUUUGAUGUUGGGGGAAUUCGUGGAUGAGUACACAGUGCGCGUGAUCGAUGUGUUUGCCAUGCCUCAAAGUGGAACGGGCGUGUCUGUCGAGGCCGUGGAUCCCGUGUUCCAAGCUAAAAUGUUGGACAUGCUUCGACAAACUGGUCGACCUGAAAUGGUCGUAGGUUGGUACCACUCUCAUCCUGGAUUCGGUUGCUGGCUUUCGGGGGUAGAUAUCAAUACCCAGCAGAGUUUCGAGGCACUCAGUGAUCGAGCCGUGGCAGUGGUCGUGGAUCCCAUUCAAUCUGUGAAAGGAAAAGUGGUCAUCGACGCCUUCCGUCUGAUCAAUCCCAAUAUCGCUGCUUAUACCCAAGAACCUCGACAAACCACCUCGGUUUUGGGUCAUCUCCAGAAGCCGUCUAUUCAGGCCUUGAUCCACGGACUGAAUCGACAUUACUAUUCCAUUUCCAUCAACUACCGCAAAAAUGAGCUCGAGCAACAGAUGCUCAUGAAUCUGAACAAGAAGAAUUGGGUGGACGGACUCAGUUUGAUGGACUAUAACGAUCAUUGCAAGUUGAACAAGGAAACCGUGAAAGACAUGCUGAAUCUGGCUAAAAACUACGAUAAGGCUUUGGAAGAGGAAGAAAAGAUGACACCAGAGCAGUUGGCCAUUAAGAACGUGGGUAAACAAGAUCCCAAAAGGCACUUGGAGGAGAAGGUUGAAUCCCUCAUGACCACCAAUAUUGUUCAAUGCCUUGGUGCCAUGUUGGACGCUGUAGUGUUCCAAUAAACCUUCGUUCUCUGUUGCCCCAACCCUCAUGAUUAAUAAGGAAGACCCCAGAAGAUCCCCAGAAACGGAUUUUCUCAUGUCUUUUGAUGAUUUGAUGAUAUGCCAUUUUGUACUACUGUACGUCUACACAAUAUCCCCAGUAUUUUGACGCGAUAAUAAAAUCCCUUCCUUUGUAAAAGAAA